CUAGGGUGGGAUCUCGCUUAUUUCCUGCUUCCUCCUCUCCCGGGCUGAUCGGUGAGUUCUCGGCCACUGCACGUCCGGACACCUGUACCGGGGAACAAACUCUCCAAAAUCUGACCAUCGCUGAAGACAUAUGAAGGGAUCCCUGCAGUAUGUGAUCCACAGAAGGUGGUACAUAUGAACAUUUCAUACUCAGACCAGAGAAUUUCAUAAUGUUGUCCUCAAGCUCCUCACACAAGCUCCUGUCCCUUUUGAAUCAAGCCCUUCAUGGCUGCAAGGAUGAGGAAAAGCAGCUUGAAGAACAGCUGAGGCACUACCACAAACUCCUGGGAGACUGGAAAUCCGACGGCGGUGAGGCUUUCAAUCAGGAUGAAUCGCCAUGUGAACCGCAAGAGAGUCCACCAUCUCCAAAGGAGGUCGAGGAGGUGGAACUAUUGAACAAAGCCCUAGCGAAAGCAUUAAAAGUGCGAGGAAGUAUACAAACUGAGUCGCCUACCCCUCCCACCACGCAGACCAUACCGGCUUCCUCAACAACCAAAGAAAAGACAGUGAAACCUUUACAAAAGAUUGUAAAUACAGGGACUAAACCCAAGACCUACCAGAUGAAGCCUCCAUACAAGACUAUGCCGGAGAAGAGAAGGGUCAGAGGGUCUGCAAGACCAGCAUUGACCAAUACCACCAGAGCACCCCCAUUACAACCGCUAACCUCAGAAAAACGCAAUGUUGCCACAGACAGGCCAACCGAAAACAAAGCAGUUCCCAUCAGGGCAGACAACACUCCGGGAAACUCGCGACCAUCUACAGCUCCAGAAACUGAAUAUGUUGGCAGCAAAUCAGCUGAAAAUGUGAAGUCUUCCAAACAAGAUCAAGUGAGACAACCAAAAGAUUUGACCCUUAAAGAUGUAAGACCAACACUUAAGCUGCCAGUAGAGUUUCAGAAACGUUACAAGAAGAAUAGCAGAUUGUGGGAGAAAUACUUUGAGAUUCAGUCCCGUGUUCCUGCUUCCAGGCCCUCCUUUAUCCAGCAGCUGCAGACAACGUUUAUACCGGAAAGCCCCGAGCUAAGCUUGUUUGAGAUAGAAGAGGAAACCGCACGCUUGCAGAGAGCAGUCAAGCGCUUUGAGGAAUAUCUAGACUCAGCCAAGACACAGCAAGGAUCAGGUCCGGCUCACUGGCAACAUUAUCGUUCGCUGCUGAUGCUGGAAGCGAUGCAAGAUGAAGUAGCCAAAUCUCAUUGCGAGGUACAGAAACUCGAGCUGGUUGCAGAGCAAUACAAGAAGUGGUGUAAGAAGCUUUCCAUUGACAUUGACAGCUCAGAGGUGGCGGGCUGUCCCCCUGAAUUGUGCGCCCUGCCGCCUGUACUCGUGUACAGCCAUCCGGAUGAACUUCGUGAGCUGACUAGUACUCAUCUCCGAGUGCGGGAGCUGCAGCAGAAGAUCCAUUUACAAAAGGUACUGAGCGAAGAGCUGCUGGCUGUGGCUGAAUCGCAGUGUCGGAGCUCCUCGCCCUCCUUUGUGCUGCUCAGAGCGAUCUACACCCAGCUGUGUGAGGGGGGAGACACCUUCCCGGUACUGGUCCAUGAUGACGUCUGAUCCACACCAACCACAUGGAAUGGACCACAUCGGAGGAGAACCAAGAACCGGCCAUGUAUAUACACAAGGACCCCACAUUUACUAUGAUCAUGACCCGUCAUCAGAGAAUAUAGAUCAUGAAUAUAUAUAUUUUUGUAUAGGUGUUUUCCAGACAAUAGUUUGACAGAAAACACAGACCGAUGUUUGGGUUGCCACCUUAUCACUUUAAAACUGUACACCUUAAUUACACCGGUUCUGUGGCUGAUUAAGGCUGUAUGUAAACUUACUUGGUGCUUUAGACCCCCUUUCACACAUGUGCGACUUGGGACUGCAAAGUCGCUUGACAAGUCGUUCCCUAUGAUUUCCAACGAUAACCAUAUAUGUAUAUGUGUGACUUCAAGCCGUGCCGACUUCAAAGUAUUCCCUGUACUACUUUGGUCCGACUUUCAUGCGAGUUGAGGUCCACAGGCAUUCCCU